UCAUUCUAUUUAGGUAAUUUCUUGGAUUACUUUGAUAUUUUUUAUUUGAUACGUAUUCAUUCAACUGAAAAUAUAAAACUACAAAAGCAGCUUUAUUCACUGUAAGAAGAAACGGUAAUCUUUAAAAAAAAAAGCGAAUCACUUUGUGUGAUCCUGUAAAGAUUGUUUUUUCAAAAAAAAAUGACAUUAGAUUUGGACCAUAACAAAAUGCAGCCUCAAGGAAGUAUCUCUCCCAAAACAAAAAUACUACUCCAACCUUUAAAUGUACCUCUCAGCAAACAAGAAAGAAAAAUGCUUAUGGAGCAACUAAACCUGCGGGAACAAUUACCUUUGAUGACAAGAAAAGAAACAGCCAACUUUUGGAAAACAUCCAAGCACUUGAUGUGUGUUGAGUUGCUGUCACAAGGUUUUCAUCAGUCAUUUGAUGAAAUUUUCAACCUCAUACAAAAACAGAAGAAAUUAAAUACUGAGAACUUAGAAACAGCUAAUCAGACUCUUCUGGAAGAUGAAAUGGAAAAAGUUGAAAUAAUUAAAACUCAUUUAACUGAAGCUGAAGCAGCAACAAGGAAAGAGGAUUACCGCAAAGCUUAUGAUGCUCGCCUGUGGCUUGCCAAUUAUUUCACGUGUAAAGAUGACAAGUGGCUCUCAGACCAUUUCCACCAAACUUGUCUGGAAGUCAGUCGACUCGUACGAACAGAUGGAGGCAAAACAUAUGCUGAAGGAUUUUGUAAUAUUGCACUUUCUUUGAAAGAUAGUGGUGAAUAUUUCAAAGCUAUGGAAAAUAUGGAGAAGUACUAUCAUUUAACCACUGAUAAAGACUGGGUAUCUAACAAUAAUGUUAAUUUGAAUACCCAAGCAACUCUUCAUUUGUGUGACAUUUAUACCAUUAUUGCAAAUAGCAUGGAAAAGAUUCAACGCUUUGACAGUUCUUUACAAUAUUUACUGAAGGCUCAUGAAAAAGCAGUAGAAAGUAAAGAUAAUAAAAUUAUUGGUGAAGCUGUAUAUAAAUUGGGUUUGGCUUAUUUAAAAGCAGAAGAACCAGAUAUAGCUCUUCCUCGCUUGAAAGAAUUCUUAGAUGUAACUGAGCGUUAUGAGGACAUUGAAGGAAUGGGACGAGCUGCAGAGGCUAUCGCUCGGGCUUAUCAAUUAAAAGGCAAUACUGAAGCAUGCAUCAAUUAUUUAAAAUUUGCUGUUGACAAUGCUGAAAAAAGUGGUCAACAAAAAGCUUACAGUAAUGCUUGUCAUCAUUUAGGUUGUAUAUACAACUCUUUGUGUAUGCAUUCUCAUGCUGUUGAGUACUUCAACAAGGCAUACAACAUAUCUCGAGCUUUGAAUGACACUUCAUCCUUAAAUGCUAACCGUGUGCAUUUUGGUAUCUCAUUGGCUCAUAAGAUGAAUGAAGCAUAUAUAUGCCACUUAUAUGCUCCAAUAUUGAAACCUGAUAAUUCUUUGCUCAAAUGGAAAUGUUUUAGAACAGAAGAGUUUGCUGUUGAAGAGUUUAGCAAAACAGCUCUAUUUGGAAGUAGAAACACUGAAGAACCCAACUAAAUCAUCUUUAUUAUCAAAUAAUAAGGUGCAGGAGUGGCUGUGUGAUUCUGGAGCAAGGUAUCCUAAGUUGAACAUAGAGAAAUUAUUAUCAAACAGGGAAACUUCUUGGGAAAAAAAAUGUUUGCAAAGUCAAUGUGUUCAUGUUAAAUACUUCAAUAAUAAAGCUAUUAACAUAUUUUAAUA